UCUUAUUCAUCACUACAGCAAAUGUUGCUCUUCUUGCUCGAAAAUGUUGUAAUAAUUCAUAUAUAGCGUGAAUAAUAUACGUGAGAUAAUAAAGUAUGAUUACAUUCUAGUGCUGAAUCUUUUCUCUAUUUAUUGCCCUAGGCUAAUUGCAAAUUUAAAAAAAAAAAUAUUAUUGCUGCUGUUUGUGUUUUUAGUUUCCGAGAUAGAAAGCGAAAGUAGACCAACAAAUAACAAGUCCAAGCUCUUUUCAGGGAAGUAAAAACAGAGACCAUAAUCUGAAACCAAUAUAUUUAUUAAUGGUGAAGUAUUUAUCAUAUUUAUUAUGGCUACUAAUCGUUUAAACAUGGAAGAAUAUGAAAAAUUAAAAGAAGAGGCUGUGACAUGGACAUCAAAAAGUGAUAAUCAAUUUAAGAUUUUAACCUGUGGUGAUUGUGAUGAAAAUGAUGAAACUGAGAAUAGAAUAGAUUUUUAUGUUGUUGAUAAUAGUGAUAUAUCUUUUUAUAUAGUCUUUUCGAAAAACAGCAGUCAAAAUACAUGGCAUUUGUGGAGUGAUAAAGAAGACCUUUUAGUUCAUUUAAAUCCAGCUAUUGAAUCUUGUAGUUCCUGCUCAAAAAAAUCAUUAACAUCUUUAUUAGAUCAAGUUUAUCAUUGUUUAAAAAAGUUGCUGCAUUCCAAAACAACGGCCCAAAAAUCAAACACUGCUGAUGAUGAUGACAGUGAGAAUGAAUUCCAAGAUUGUGAUAAUGGUGAUGAAGGAUUGGAUGAUGAUGAAAACGAUGAAGAUGAUGGUGAUUAUGAUGAUGAUGGGUAUUAUAAUGAUGAUGAUGUUGAUGAAGAAGUCACUACUAUAUUGAAAACUAAGGAUCAUUCUGAAGAUCAAAAUGAUGAAGAUGAUGGUGAAUUCUUUGAAGGUCAAGGAGAUCCAACAGCAGUGGCCAGAUUAGUAAAAGAUAUGAAGAAUAUGCAAAGAAUAUCAGGAAAAUAUGGUAUAGAAGCCCAUCCUAGAGGUGAUAAUUUAUUUGUCUGGGAUGUCAAAUUAACAGAUAUACCAGAAGAUACUGUACUGGGAAAAGAUCUAAAAGCAUAUUCUGAAAAAUAUAAACGUGAGGCUGUAGUAAAUAUGGAAAUGCAGUUUCCUAAAGAUUAUCCUUUUAGUCCGCCAUUUAUUAGAGUUCUGAGGCCAAAGUUUCAGUUUUUAACAGGACAUGUUACUAUUGGUGGAAGUGUUUGUUUACAAAUGUUGACUAAAAGUGGAUGGAGUCCAAGUAAUGAUAUAGAGCUAAUACUUAUUCAAGUUCGAACAGAAAUCUUAAGUGAUAAAAAUGCCAGACUAGACAAAAGUAAAGAAAACCAAGAGUACACACUGGACGAAGCCAAGCAAGCUUUUAAUAGAAUGGUUACUAGAUAUGGAUGGAACAAGUGAUUAUUUGAAUAUUGAAAACAGCAAACAUUUUCAUAAUAUAAUUCCCCAAAAAAGAGUAACAUGCAGAAUUCUAGAAAAACUUGAUAAUAUAAAUAAAAUGCAGAAUUCUAGAAAAACUUGAUAAUAUUAAUCUGCUGAAGAUUAUUGAUUAAAAGAUAUUGUUACUUUUAGAGAAUCAGAAAACUCCAAACCAGCUCCAUUUAUUUAUGUUUAUAAAGUAUAUUUAAAGAUUUACAUUUUAUUUUAUUUUUCCUAUUUGCUAUCAAUGUUUUUAAUGUUAAAUUGGUUGAUUAAAGACAUAUUUCCAAGGCA